CAGGUAGCAUAUAUUCUCGCCGGCCCACCUCUCAUCGCUGCAUGCCCGUGCUCUUCGAUCUCCUACCUUUCUUUUCUUCCCCGAAGGCAUCGCAUCUGCUUCCUUCCCUCCAAUACCUACCACGCACCACCACUGGCGACUGGAGCAGAGAGCACGCGCCUACAGCAGCUUAGCCAGACCAUGUCGUCCUGGACGCUGCACUCGCACAGAGGCCGCUCGAGCUGGAAGCACAGCUGGACGGCGCGGGCGCUGUCGUCCGCCUCGCUCCCGCCGGCGCGCCUGCUGGCCUUCUUCGCCAUCGUCGUCUCCUUCCUCGCCGCCUCCUCCUACGUCGACUACCGGGCCGUCGAGCGCCGCGCCGAGAUCGGCGCCCGCGUCUUCGCCGCCCCGCUCGCCGCCAUGGCCGUCUUCCUCCUCUUCGCCGCGAUCGGGCACUGGCGCCGCCGCACACGCUGGACGCUCCGACGACACGCGCCGGCGGCCACCGCAGUGCCGGCCUCGUCGUCGCACGCGUCCUCGGGGGCGUCGCCGUGGGGCGUGGCGGCCAUGGUAGCGGUGCUGCUGGUGAUGGUGUCGUUCCAGCCAUCGGUGCACGCCAUGUGGUUCCGGCCGCUCUGGGGUUCAGACUACGACUCCUAGACCAGUUCGUGUGUAAAACUGUCGGUGUGUCAGUGUGUGUAUACAUCAUCCUUCUUACAAAUAACUUACGUGCUUGAGAUGUGUAUCUUGAAGGGUUGCUUUGUAUUUGCAUGCGUCCGAUCAUCGUGUAAUCCCACUGUAUAAAUUAGAUCUUAUAUGCGUAUAUCUAUGUCAUAUAAAUCUUCUUUACUAUUAAA